AGAAAAUGUGAAACCCUCAUAGUCUACAGUUAUGCUAGCUGCAUCACCACGCUAAUAUGCUGCGUGACAGUGACACCAGACGCCCGUAAACUCAAACUGGACCCAAACACAGCAAACAGAAAACUCAUCCUGUCUGACAACAACAGGAAGGUGACAGUGACGAAAGAGAUGCAGCCGUAUCCUGAUGAUCCAGAGAGAUUUAACUACUGGAAACAGCUGCUGUGCACCCACGGUCUGACUGGCCGCUGUUACUGGGAGGUGGAGUGGGAAGGACAUGUGUAUGUAGCUGUGACUUACAAAGGAAUCAAAAGGAGAGGAGACAGUGACGACUGCUGUCUGGGAAUGAACAAUCGGUCCUGGAGUCUCAGCUGCUCUGGUGAGGGUUACUCUGGCCUGCACAGCAACAGGAGCGAGUCCAUCAGCCUUUCACCCUCAAACAGAGUGGGGGUGUACCUGGACUGGUGUGCUGGCACUCUGUCCUUCUACAGAAUCUCCAAUGAUAAACUGACCCACAUCCUCACCUUUAACACCAAGUUCACUGAGCCGGUCUACCCAGCCUUCAGGGUGAAGAUGGACCCGUUAAACUCAUCAUUUUCUUUGUGUUAGAUCCAGUAA